AAAAAAAAAGAUGACUUCUUGUGAAGAGCUGUACGUAUGGGAAAUAACGAAUGUCGUCUUCUAGACUCUAUUCAUACGACUUGGCGAUGAUUGCCUUCUUUUAAACAUCUAUAUUUCCCACAUAAGAAUGUCUUUUGUUGGUUUAAAUUUGGCAAAUAAGAAAGUUUAUAUACAAUGUGUGUUUUUUAAAUGUAAGUUUUUCUAUAUCCCAAAUGUUUUCCAGGUUCAAUGACUAAUUACCACGAAAUUCACAUGAUCCGUAUUUUCUUACCACUUAAAACGUUCUGAAUAGUCAAGAAAAUCGAAUCCAAAACUGUACUCACACCUGUCAACUCUUUAUUAAUAGACCAAAAUCACUUGGUUAAAUUUAAGUUAUCAACCAGUGUUGGAUUUAAAAGCAGAUUGAUCAUUUUAUAAAACUUUUGUUAUAUUUUCAUAGUUAAUGUGUGGAUGAUAAUGCCAUAGUCAGGUGUAUCAUGUAUCAAACAAAAUACGUAUUUCUGGAAAUUUGUUUCUACGAAUGUUUUGUAUAGUAUUAGUAACUAUAACCGUGAAAAGCAUUCGUACAACUCUGCACAAUCUCGAUUUUUUACACGAUAUUACUAAACAAACUCGAAAUAUGAAAAAGUGUAAUUAUGUACAAGUACUGUUACUAACACAGGUAAUAUAGUAUGUAUAAAUAUUACAUUUUUAUUAUGCGAUAGUUUUAUGUUUAUAUAUGAUAAUAUAAUAUUUUUGUAAAACAUAUGUUAAAUAUGUUAGGUGCAACUUAAAAAUAAUUCUUUUAAUAAAAUAUAUUUUGUCUUACUAUAACUUUGAUAUAUCUGACUAUGGCGUUAUCAUUCACACAUUCAUCAAUAAAAAUAAAACAAACAUUUGUAUUGUCGCGCAAUCAAACUCUAGUUAUAUUCUAACAACCGAGUAUUACAAUAAGCUAGGAGAAUCUACCAAACUAAGUAUCAAAUUUAUAAAAUCCAAUCAUUUAUUUCUAAUAAAAUUUAACAUAUUUAUUGUCAAAAAAUGAAAAGCAAACUAUUCUACAUAUCUAAUGAGAAAUUAAAAUUUAGCAAAAAAAGAGAAAUUAAAUCAGUAUAUCUUUAUUAAAUUUAAAUUUUGAAUUUUUUUUUGAAAACGCAUGUGAUCGAAAUAAAUCACUAUAUCUUUAUUAGAUUUAAAUUUUGUAAGAACACAAUUAUGCGUUUUGAAAACGCAUGUGAGAAUCUAAUUCUCGUAUUACAACUGACACAAUUUCACCUGUUAGUUCCAAGUUUCAACAUUAAAAUUUCUCUUAUUCUUACUAUUGAGUUUAUGUUGCUAUAUUUGGUUCCGUGAGAGCCAAUGAGUUUUUUUUUUAGUUUUUUUUAAAAGAACGUAAUGGGAAAGAAAAAAACAGAGUAAUUAUAGUCGUACUCUUACAUGGUUGAAUAAACAACAGAUUGAUCCCUGCCUUUCAUUUAAAAGUUAGCAUACAAACGACUUGAUCAUUCUUCUAAUAAAAUCAACACAAGGACUUUUACUUUUUGAAUCCAUUGAGAAGAACGGUUUCGGAGAAAGACUAAUUAGUCAGUCAAGCAAAGUGGAAAUAUCUGUGUAGUUCCCAUUCAAUAUUGUUUCGUAUAAAAGUAGAUGAAACAUUAAACCAUAUUUAUUCAUCACAAUUCCAUUCUUUUUGCUUCUUUCGAUUACUAAUCAUGAAAGUUAAAUCGGUUUACAGAAGGAUGCAUAUAGGUCUCUACGGAAACUCAAUUCCAAUUUCUCUUUCUUUUAUCUUUUUGUUCUUUUUUCAGUUUGAAACCGUAUUUGCGGCUCCUACUAGACACGUGUGUCAUCCCGAACAAAGAGAUGCACUUCUCGAGUUUAAAAACGAGUUUAAGAUUGGCAAACCUUCUUACAUUUGUGGUGAUAGUUUUGUACCGAAGACAAAGUCAUGGGCGAAUAACAUCGACUGUUGCUACUGGGACGGUAUCAAAUGUGAUCCCAAAUCCGGGGAAGUGAUUGUGGUAGACCUCUUUUGCACCGGCCUCCACGGCCGGUUUCAUUCUGAUAGCAAGCUUUUCAGGAUUCAAAGUCUGCGUUUUCUCGACCUAUCAUAUAAUGAUUUCAGCGGUCACAUUCUAACUUCAGUUGGAAAUUUUUCUCAACUUGCCACUCUCUGCCUCUCUUAUAACAAUUUUGCUGGUGAAAUUCCGUCUUCACUUGGAAACCUUUCUAAUCUCAAAUUUCUUCAACUCUCUCGUAACAAUUUUGUUGGUGAAAUCCCAUCUUCACUUGGAAACUUGUCUAAUCUCAUCUCUAUUGACUUUUACCAUAACAAUUUUGUUGGUGAAAUCCCAUCUUCACUUGGUAACCUUUCUAAUCUCGACACUCUUUACCUCUCUGAUAACAAUUUCGUUGGUGAAAUCCCAACUUCACUUGAAAACCUUUCUUAUCUCGACAUUCUCGAUCUCUCCGACAACCAUUUGGUUGGAAAGCUUCCAUCAUUGACCCGUCUUUCUAUUCUUAGAUUUCUAAAUGUGGAAAGUAACAUAAUCAGUGACAAGUUUCCUUCCUGGUUGACUUCUCUGACAAACCUAAAAUUUCUUAUCCUCUCUUUCAAUUCAUUCCAUGGACCAAUACAAAAGAUCCAAUUCUCCAACAAGUUGGAAAUCAUCGACAUAUCGCAUAACCACUUCAACGGAACUUUGCCAGAAGUAUUCGCCAAUGGACGCAAUCUAAGAACACUCCAUGUUGGUCACAACGAAUUGGCGGGAAAACUUCCGAGGUCCUUGUCCAAGUGUUCUUAUCUAGAGGUUCUAAACAUGGAACACAACGCAAUCAGCGACACUUUCCCAUUCUGGUUGGAAUCUUUACAAAGUCUACAAGUAUUAGUCCUCCACUCUAACGAGUUUCACGGGUCGUUACAACAUCAUCAUCCCAAGUCUGCUUCUUCGUUUCCCGAGUUGCAUAUCAUUGACAUAUCAUAUAAUUCCUUCUCCGGAAUCCUGCCAUUUGAUUUCUUCGUGUAUUUGAGAGCCAUGUACUCGGAGCGAAACCGUUCAGAACUCAAGUACAUAGGAGAAGAACGUGUAUACUACCAGGAUGACUCGUUGGUCUUACUAAACAAAGGAGUCGAAAUAACGUACACGAGGAUCCUUACGCUCUUAACAGCCGUUGAUAUUUCUGGUAAUAGACUUCAUGGAGAGAUCCCUGAAUCCAUUGGUCUACUGAAGAGUCUUAUUGUGCUUAAUCUGUCGAGCAAUUGUUUCACUGGAGACAUCCCUUCGUCUUUGGCCAAUCUAACUAUGCUCGAGUCACUAGACUUGUCGCGUAACAAGCUGUCAGGCCAGAUUCCACCUGCUCUAGGGUACCUCACAAGUCUGUCUACGGUUAGAGUUUCACACAACCAGCUCGUCGGUCAAAUACCGCAAGGCGUACAGUUUCAGACACAAGAUUCUUCGUCUUUUGAAGAUAACCUUGGACUUUGUGGUCGUCCUCUCGAUAAAAAAUGCGGAGACGUAGACACAGAGCAAUUACAAGAACCAGAAUCAGUAGAAGAGAAAGAAGAAGAAGAAAAAGUUUUUAGCUGGACUGCAGCUGGCAUAGCCUUAGCACCAGGGGUCAUCUUGGGAUUGACCAUUGGGCACUUUGUGAGUCUACAAAAUCCUCAAAGGCUUUUGAAGAUUUCUGUACGUCAGUACAAGGUAUGUUGAAUUAAUCAUCAACUCAUGCAAACCUACAGAUGUAACUAAUUCAGCUUUUUCCCUUUGAUUUACAGUUUAUUUUUUUUUUUUUUGAAUUAUACAGAGUUAUCCUGGUCCCACAGAAGUGAUCCAGACUAGUCACAUGUUGCCACGUGUCGGUCCUCUGUCCCUGGCGAUGCCGAAAUGUUAAUUCCCCAGUGGCCAGGAUUCGAACCCAGGUGGCAGUACUCACAGCUGUAAGUCCUUUACCACUAGAGCUAGAAGCCCCGGUUUUUGAUUUAUAGUUUAACCCUUUAGGUUUGGUAACAGAGAAGAUGAAACACAGGAAUGGGACUCUCGAAGCCGAUUCAGAUUAGAUUUUGUUCACAUGUAUGUCAACUUAUUGGGCUAUGGUUACGUAAUUGGGAUCUUAGUUUUAAUAUUAAAGUACUUAACAUAUGUAUAACUGUAUUAUCUACUUAACCUAUGUUUGAAUUGUAUAGUUUACAUUAAGAAAUGUCACCGUUCGAUUCAAUUCAUUUGUCGAAAAUUCAAUCAACAAGUCUUUACCUUACAAAUGUUGAAAGUGAUGUUUACUUAGUAGGACCAUUUUUUCUAUGUUUUCUGAUUUAAAUUGGUUGGAGAUAUAAUAUUUCAAUUUUCAAACACUACAAAAUAAUAACAAAUAACUUUAUUUAACAUAUGUAUAUGAAAUUUGGAAUUAUAACAACUAAUAUGUUAAAUAAUAUUAAUAUAAAUAUAGUUUCAUAAAUUUAUUGAAUCUUAUAAAGAAAAAUGUAUGCAAUUCAAGAUUAAAAAAAUAAUUAUUAAAUUUAAGAAUGUAAACUAUAGAAAUUUGGAACCUUUGUUUUUAUAUUUUGAAGGUAUUUCUUCUCUAUUGAUUAUUUAAAAUAAAAAAAAUUAUUGUACCAAAAAUUUAAAAUAUCUAUAAUAAUAAAUGGGAGUUUUCUCUCACCUUAGCCCUCCACAUCAGCAGGAAGAUAGGGGCUUCUGAUGCCACGUGGCAUCUAAAUCAGUUACUCCGGUUUGCGCUGUUAUUUACGUGUCGGGCUUUUCCAUUGUAUUUUAAUUUUGUUGCAUGUUAAUUUCGUUUGGGCUUUAUGCAUAAAUCUUAAGCCCAUACAAAUUAGGUUUCCUCAUCUUCUCGCCUUCUACCUUCUUAGUUUAGCAGCUGUAAUUUCAGCUCACUGUAACGUCUCUAUCUUCCAUUAAUAUGUACUUUACUCUGAUCUUUAACGUGAUUAACCCAGUCUUUCCACUCUGAAGCUUUCAGUCCAACUCUUUGCAUUCUAAAGUAACAGUUAAGCAACAAGUAUAAAUAUCUUAUUCACUCUGCGAUGAACAGCACAACUUUUCAUCGACAUCGAGAAAGAAAGUUUGUUCAGGUUAUCGAUUACGACAAUGGCGAAUUCUUUCACCUUCCUUGCCGAUCUGAAAGCUGGGCGCUGCUCCAACAAUGAAGAGGCUCGUUUGCUGACGUGUUGGGAGAUAUGCAACAUUUAUAGAGUUUAAUCCUGGAUCAUUUUCUUAACAGGCUAUUCAACACGUGAGCUGGACCAUCACUGAGUUUUCCUUCUCGGUGUGCGAGAUAUGCAAGAAAAGUAUCAGGUUAGAGUUUAAGCUUGGAUCCUUUUGAUUAGUUCUCUCUGAAUGAUUGUUGCGUGAUCUGCAAUGCUCGUGCAAGUACAUGUAUUCCUCUACACGCUUAUCUUUGACCGGUUUUUUGUUUUGCCUUUGUCUUUAUGCAGGUAAUGGAGUUUCAGCAAAGGAAAUUUGCGUGAUAUUAGAGCUUUCAAGCAAUCUCCCAAGGGUCUUAGAGGUUUGCACUUCUGCAAUACCACAAGCAUUUCUUGAUGGGACGGACACAAAUCCUUCCAGGCUCACUGAGGUGAUUCUUUUCAUCUUGAAUCACAUGACCUCGGCAGUAGAUGAACAAACUAUCCUUUGUUGAAACUGUUGGUCCUUUUUCUUAAUGUGAAUUUGCUGAAUUUUCUGCUACUUACAAUAUAUAAUCUGUGUGUCCGUUACCUUAUUAAUAAGAAGGUACAAAUGUUCCUGAAGUAGCGCUGCCUGAAGUUGUGGUACCAGGAAGAGAUGACAAAGAUGGUUUAAUGCUUCCAGUGCCGGACGUUCUGCAACGACCAAACACCAAAGAACAACUUGCUAUUGCUUUAUUAUCUUUUCCAUUUUCGUUUAAAUCUAUUUCCUUUUUGUUUCAAAAAUUAAUGUUGUUGUUGUUGUUUCAAUUACUAACAAUGGCACAAAUUGCCUUAUUUCUCUGAGAUAGAACUUGACUUAUCACUUCGGUUUUAUGUUUGUGUUUGACGACCUUAAUGUACCUAAUGGAAUUGAUUAUUUGACC